CUGACACUGACACAAUUCAAGUGAAUAUUCGAUGUGGGAUGUGGGUUUUCUUUUCUCUUUUUCAUGUAAAUACAGUUAGAAUAAUAAUUCUGCGAAAAGUGCGAGAUAUUCGGAUACAAUCGUAGCGAUAAAAGAAUUUGUCGCAUUAAAGAAUCAAGCGUUAUCACAUCAAAUCAAGUCGGAAGCGGAGCGAUUUAAAAUGAAGUAAAACUUUAAUGAUUUAUUUACCUACGUAAUGGGUUCAAGAAUAAGGGAAAAUGUAAAACAUUUUUUCGAAUGUUUCUGCGAGGUUGUCCCUCCGACAGACCAAAGCGAGCCCUGGAUCAUCCAGCAGUUCCCGGACAACUACAAAGAUCACGAAGUGCUCAAAUCCGUGCCCAAAUUCGCUUAUCCCUACAAAUUUACAAACGAUGUGAUACAACACUAUUCAUUUGUACUGACUGAUGUAGAGGGUAAAUGGACGUUCGGGUUUUGCAGGCACGAUCCUAAAUCAGAAACUGCUAUAGUUGUAUUAAGUUAUUUACCAUGGCAUCAAGGAUUCUACAAGUUCCUGGAUACAACUGCUGUACUGAUGCACAGCUCGAGAACCGAAGAUCUCAGAGAAUUUUUGACUGCGGUUUACAACACGAAAAUAGCGGAGCCCGGGCGCGUGUUUUCGGUGUGUUUCAAUCGAGGAGAAAGCCUAUUCUCCGUAGACAUACCCCGGCCGUUUCAGCUUCCUAGCAUACCGGAGAACAGAAACCUCACGGAGUACUUCAACGCGGUGGACACGCACACGAUGUCCCUGAUAUUCGCUUCGAUGCUGUUCGAACGCAGGAUAAUAUUCACAUCGAAGAAACUGAAACGGCUAAGCGCCUGCGUACAAUCCGCCAACGAUAUUAUCUACCCGAUGAUAUGGCAACAUAUUUUCAUACCCGUACUGCCUAUGUCGCUAGUAGACUACCUAUUGGCCCCCAUGCCUUUUCUCAUAGGAGUGCCCGAAGAGGUUUUCAAACAAGUUAAACGCAGCGAAAUAGGCGACGUAGUGAUAUUAGAUACGGACGCGAAUACUGUGGAAACGCCGUUCGAUGAUCUGUCCAGUCUUCCUCAAGAAGUGGUGGCUUCGUUGAAAAAGCAAUUAAGAAACAAGCAAUUAGGCGACGGCGUGUCGAGGGCUUUCCUGAGAGCUCUGGUGCAAUUGAUCGGCGGUUACCGGGACGCGUUGAAAUUCCAGCCGGGCCAGAAGGUGAGCUUCGAUCCGGAGAGAUUCAUCGAAACGAGACCGCUCUCGUUGCAGCCCUUCUUAAGGGAAAUGCUACACUUGCAGAUCUUCCAACAGUUCAUCGAGGAGCGAUUGAUGAUGCUGAACACUGGCCAAGGGUUCUCCGACGAGUUCGAGUUCGAAAUCGAAGGUUAUUCGGCCAAGUCCGGCUCGAAAUUGAAGCAGCAAUACAAGGAAUGGACGACGACGAUGAAGAAAGAAGGCACGGCGUUCUUUAAAAGCGUAAAAGAUAAGGCGAAUCCGGCAAUGAAAUCGGCCGUGAAGACGGUCAAAGACGGCGGUAAGGGCGUGAAGAGCGCCUACAAAGGGCUGAGAUCGAAACUGAAAGACAACCAGGCGCCCAAUCAAUUGGAAAACGGAUUGGAUGGCGGCGAAAAGCACCGUUCGGCGCCGAAUUCUCCGACGGGAAAACGAAGAACCAUAGCCGGUUUGAGCGCCCCGGUGGCCACUUACCGCAAGGACGCGGCGCUGGCGCUCAAAAAUUCCGCCAUGCAAAGAUCUUACAGUCCGCUAAGCCCGAGUUCUCAACCGAUGUCGCCGGAUGUGAUGGAAAGCCCGCGAAGUAACAGUCCCAUCGAAAUUCCUCAAAUCGAUUUGAUGAACGAAAUGGAGGAUCUGCUGCAGCUGCGGCUCGACUCGCCGCCCGUCGAUCGAUCGCUAAAGCCGGUGCGCAGUUUGGAGAAUUUCAAAAACACAUCGCCGCUGAACAGCCCCGACAGGUGGUCGAAGACGCGCGCCUCCGCCCCGGUCGCCUCGUCGCCCAACAGGUUCUUCCUGCAGAAUUUGGGCCACUCGCAGGAGACGCAGAACCUGUUGCAAUCGCCCGACGACGUGUUCCUGUCGCCGCCGUCGGUGCCGCCGCGCGCUCGAGACAGAGAGCCGGGCGGCGGGCUCUUCGGCGGCGGCGGCGCUCCCUUCGUGGUGGGCGGCGGUCACAGCGAGAACGGGGAUCCGCUGUUUUUCGUCGCUAAUCGACAUUCGGUGGAUAUCGUUAAAUUGUCACCUCCGACGCAUUCGCCCAGGCGGAAGCAAUAUCAAGAGAGCGAAGACUUGAUCCGGCUGGAUUCCUCGUCGGAUAUCGACGAUUUCGAUCCGUUGAAAUCGAAGUCGGGCGAGAGAAAGGUGCCGUUGACCAUAUCGAAUCCUUUGUAUACGUACGAAAACGGCGGAAUAUCGAAUCAGAGCGUGCAACAGCAGCAGCAGCAGCAGAGGAACGAUCAGGAUUUGUUGCAGGAGUACGGUUUGACGUUUAACUUUUCGGCUAAUUUGCAAAAUCGUAGCGGUUUCGAGGCGUUCGGAUCGCACGGGAAGGUCAACGCGAAGAGCCAGUGGACGAAAUUCGAAUGAAUUCCGAUUCGAUUCGAUUCCUAGAGGAAGCCUUAUUGAUUUGUUUUAUAUAUAACGCAGGAUAUUAUUUAUGAAACAGGCAGUUAAAAAUAUCGAUUUUGAGCAAUAACGUUUCGCUAAAUUUUUAUCUGUUUGUGUGUUUAUUUUUUUAGAAUCGAUUUCUAUAAGAAGCCGGAUUUAUUUAUUUUUUAAUUAUCAAAUUUUUAUUUUUAUUGUUAUUUUGUUCAUUAUUUUUUUUAAUAAUUAUUUUAAUUCGUCAAGAAGUUGUGUGUAUAAAUGAGCGUUUUAAUAAACAUACACAACAUUUCUUGACUUUAUUGAUAUUUACUAUAUAAGCACAAAUUAAAUAUUCUGUAUAAUUUGCUCGGUAAAUCAUACCGGCCCGUUUACAAUAAAAAAAAAAGACACUGUCGCAAUUCCUUUAUAACGUUUUAGAAUUAGCUGUGAUAUAUUCAAAGUUUUUUUUUAAUUUUACGUAGAUUUUCAAUACAUAAAUUAAUUGUGCACACAGUGAUGUAUCGUCGAUGAUAUUAAAUUUAUAAAUUUUUUUAAAACUUUUAUUGCCUAAGUGUAAAUGCAUCGUCAGGAUUCCUCGUCCUCUCGCAUCAUCUGCUCUAUCAAUCUCUUCCUUUCUUCCGCCUGCCUCAUUUUCGUUAAAGUCACGCUUUCGAAAUCCGAGUCUUUUACGAGCGAGCUGGCGGUAAGAUUUUUUUUAGGGGCUCCCCCGAUCCAUUCGAAUUUUAACGGGUUUGUUGGUAGGCCUAUUUCGAAAUCCACCGCCACUUACAGCGGCUUUUUUGUCUUUGAAUUCCACUAGAGCGCUUCCUUUUUUCUUCGGCGACAUUACUAAAUCUUGUAC